AAGAUAAAGCGGACUGUGCAGAAAGGGUAACCGCGUCGUUGUGCGUGAACAAGCAAGCUGAGCAGAUGGCGUAAAACGGAAAACUUAUUGAAGUAACGAUGACGGAAUUCUGCGACGACGUUAUCAAGCUAUUCCCGCUUCGAGCAAUACCGGACGUCAUUAAACUGUUCCGGCAGCAGCUGAAUAAUCGCGAGGAGGAACCAGAUCUAACGCUCCUGUCGAUCGUGACCGGAUUGAUUGAACAUUCGUUGACCACAAAGGUUCUGGAAUCGACCUCGUCGUCCUCAACGUCCGCGAACAACAACAACAUCCACAAUAACAACAAUAAUGUGGAAGGUGGCAAAAGUUCAGCCGGUGCUGCUGGUGCAGAUCCAUCCGGAAACUUUCCGAUCAUCAAAUACGACACCGUCGAAGGACUCUACAAGCGGUUUAAAACCGUUCUGGCACCGAUCGAGAAGCUGCUGGUGAAAAACACGACCGACUCGAAGUUCGCCAACCGGGAGAUCAUCAAGAAGGUGUCCGAUAUCAUCUGGAACUCGCUGCUUCGCAGCUCGUACAAGGACCGGGCCCAUCUGCAAAGCCUGUACAGCUACCUGUGCGGGAACAAGCUCGACUGCUUCGGAGUGGCGUUCGCGGUCGUGGCCGGAUGUCAGAUGCUAGGCUAUCGGGAUGUUCAUUUAGCUAUCUCGGAAGACCACGUGUGGGUUGUGUUCGGGAAGACUGGCGAUGAAACGAUCGAAGUGACCUGGCACGGUAAGGGGGCGGAGGAUAAGCGCGGUCAAUCUGUCGCACCAGGCGUCGAGUCGCAAACGUGGCUGUACGUCGCUGGCAAUCCGGUCGUUUGUAACCGCUACAUGGAGGUGGCGGCCAUUGUAUCGGCGAUAAAUCCAUCGCUUACGGCAACGAGCGCGUGCCUGGAGGUGGCAGACCUGCAACAGCAGCUGCUAUGGCUGUUGUACGAUAUGGGACAUCUGAAGAAGUACCCAAUGGCGCUCGGGUGCUUGGGAGAGCUGGAGGAGGUGGAACCGACGGUGGGUAGGAAAAGCUGCGAAGAGCUGUACAACGAGUCGGUACGGUCGGCUCAAACGUAUUAUCGGAAUCAUCACGUCUAUCCGUACACGUACCAGGGUGGGUACUACUAUCGGAAGAAUAUGUACAGAGAAGCGUUUGCUUCAUGGGCGGACAGCAGCGACGUCAUACGAUUGUACAAUUACUCUCGCGAUGACGAGGAAAUCUACAAGGAAUUUCUCGAUAUCGCCAAUGAGCUGAUCCCGCAGGUGAUGAAGCUGGAAAGCUCCGGACACUCGGCGAAAAGUAUUUUACGUGACUCGACCUGCUUCGCUAACCUGUUGCGUUUCUACGACGGCAUCUGCAAGUGGGAAGAAUGCAGCCAGACGCCAAUCUUGCACAUUGGUUGGGCCAAACCGCUGGUAGCUACGAUCGCAAAGUUCGAUCAUGACAUACGCUCGCAGGUUAUUAUCAAGUGUGCCGACCAGGAACCGCAGGCUCAGCACCACCAUCAGCACGAGAACGGCAAGAACGGAUCGGCAGAACCAGAGAAAAGUGCUCAGGCUCACAACAACAACAACAAUGUAGUGAAGGCCGACACAAACGUUAGAAAUGGUAGCAAUGGAAGCGUUGCCAAGGGCGACAGCAAUAGUUCGUCGAUGGCGACUGCGUUACCGAAGUCGCUCGAGGCAAUCGUUGGAAAAUGCGGCGAGAAGCUGCUCAAUCCCGAGUUUCUGCUGCAAGGCGGGGGGCAGCCAUUCACUUCGGAAGAAAGCACACCCUCGUCCGAUGGCGACAGCAAUCUGGUAAGUGCAUCCAUCGGAGCUGAUUUGCUGUUGGGAAGCGGCAAUGGCAACGGCGAUGCGGAGGCAGUCAAGCUAGAAAAAGAAAAACCGCCCGCGAAGGACAAGGAAGAUCCGGAUGUCGAUCUCGAACCGAAACGGCCCAUCAUUAUGCUGUACAGUCAAAAGAUGAAAGGCCUGAAGGAUCUGCUGCUGACAGAGAAACUGAACACAAACGCUAUAUCGUUGCAGAUUACGGCCCAGAGUCAGGUGCAGGUAGGUGGGAAAAAGUUGCGCGGUUCACAGUUGGCACAGGGUGUUGCUUCUCUUAGCGGUGCUAGCGGAUCGUUGAUGUCCAGCGAUGGCAGUGAGGGUAACACUCGACCGAAACGUGCCCGCCGAGAGUAAUAUUUCUAGCCGGUGGAAAAUACACAUAAUUUAUUAAUUGGGGAGGGGG